AUGUCCGAACCGCUUUCAGAUGCUGAUAAGAUUCGUAAUAAGAGGUUAGCAAAAUUAGGCGGACCCGCAACGUCAACAUCCUCAUCUGCUGCUUCACCGACAGAAUCGAGCUCCACGCCGCGACCACCGUCGAAUAUUCCCACACCACAGCCACAACCCGAGCUAUCGCCAGACCAAAACGAUGCGAGAACAGGUGAAUCCGCGCAAGGCAAGAGAAUAAAAAUUACUCCGGCUUCGGCAACGCCCAAUGUACCGUCACCAUCGGUGUCGCCUGCGCCACCUAAGCAGCGGGCUGGCCCCAAAGCGGAGGAGUCCCUCGAGACCUUUGAAGAUAGAACAUUACGCGCAUUAUUCAGCAUUACUCUUGACGAGAACCAGCAGAAGACUAUACAUGGUCAGAAAUUGACUUUUCUACCGGGCGUGCUCAGUGAACUCAAGGAUGAAGGAUCGGAAAUCAGAAUAUCAACUGGUGUACUGGAUCAGGCGAUUCUGGAGGCUGCGUCCAACACGGGCCGUGAUACACCCUUGGAUUAUCUUUUGCCGUGCUGGAAGCGCGUGCGGCGAUUGAUCAAAGGCUUUCGCAAAGCGUCUGAUAAUGAUCCCCGAUUCGCCGUGGUCAGUGAGGCCAAACGCCUUUGCAUAAGUUACGCUGUAUUUGCGGUAACUAUGCCGGAGAUGUUCGGUCAAACGCCGACCGGCCGCUCGCCACUGAUCCCAAACCUUCUCCUUGAUGCAGAAGAUGAUCGAGGAGUAGACCUUGAAUUUCUUGCAGAAGUGGUGAAGCUUUUUGAAGAGCAGGAUGAUUUGAAGUCUGCGAUUAUUACGACGGUGGAACAGAUGAGCCAAGAACUAUCUACAAAGACCAUGAAUGAUGAUUAUAAGCCAUACGUGACGGCUCUCAGGAAUCUCGUACACAAUGCUGCUAUCGGAUCUGCCAUCGCCGAAUCUCCACGAUUCCUCAACGAGACAGAUGCUGCGUCUUUCGAAGUGAAUACAUUACUCGGACCUUGGUUUCGUUUGUCACCGCUUCAAGCACCAGUCACGAGUACAUAUUUCUCUAGCCCCAAGACCCGGGAUCAAGGCUUCAUUCUGAACUCGCAGCGGUCUCUUCGUAUGACACAGCAAUUGCUUAGCUCUGAUCUUUUGGAUGUUAUCAAUCAUUUGAUUCGGGCUUCGAAAGAGGCUAGAGAAAAAGUACUGGACUGGUUUGCGGCAGCCAUCAAUCUGAACCACAAGAGGAGAGCAAUGCAGGUUGAUCCCAAAACUGUAUCAUCCGAUGGGUUCAUGUUUAAUAUUACAACUUGUCUUGACCAACUCUGUGAGCCGUUCAUGGAUGCAGCUUUCACAAAGAUUGACCGCAUAGACGCGGACUACCUCCAUCGGAAUCCUCGCGUCAAAAUGGACGACGAGACCAAGAUAAACGCAGACCAACAUACAUCUGACGAAUUUUAUGCCCGCAAAGCAGAAGGCACCUCCAACUUCAUUUCCGAACUAUUCUUCCUUACCGUCGCAUCACACCAUUAUGGCAGCGAAUCACUAACUUCCAAGCUGGAGCAACUCGAGAAAGACCUUCGCCACAUGGAAACGCAGAUCAAUAAGUUUGAGCUUGAACGACAUAAAUGGAUCCACAACCCUAUGCAGUUGAGGACAUUUGAAGAAGCUCUCAAAAAGUACAAAGACCGACUUGAUCUAGGUCUAUCCCUCAAGUACAGUCUUCAGGGUUUAUUGUUUGAUACCGUGUGGCAAACUCGUUCCAUGCAAUUCAUGCGAUAUGUCAUUGUAUGGAUUCUCCGCCUCGUUUCUGGAACGGACUUUCCCAAACAGAAACUUGCGCUGCCUCUACCAGAGGAACCUAGCGAGAUCUUCAAAUGUCUACCCGAGUAUUUCAUCGACGAUAUCGUGAGCAACUUCAAGUUCAUCAUGUGGUCUAUGCCACAGAUCAUCACCACGGCCCAAGGCGAUGAGCUUGUGAUGCUGUGCAUUGCAUUCCUUGAAAGCUCUCAAUAUAUCAAAAACCCAUAUCUCAAAGCUGGUCUUAUUUCUAUACUGUUCCGAGGAACAUGGCCUCGACCUGGUGGAGCCCGAGGCAUCCUCGUAGACUUGCUCAACUCAUUGCCAUUUGCAAAUGAGUACCUCCUUCACGCCGCUAUGAAAUUCUACAUUGAAGUUGAACAUACUGGAACCCAUACUCAGUUUUUCGACAAGUUCAACAUUCGAUAUGAGAUCUUCCAAAUCAUCAAGUGCAUUUGGGGUAACCCAGCCUAUAGGAAUCAGCUUUCCGAUUCAGCAAAGGAGAACCUCGACUUUUUCGUCCGAUUUGUGAAUCUUCUUCUGAAUGACGUGACAUUUGUUCUUGAUGAAGCCUUUACUGCAUUCAUCACCAUUCAUGAUACGCAAGAGCUAUUGAACCGAGAGGGAAAUACCAUGGAACAGACAGUCCGACAAGAAAAGGAAGAAGCGCUGAGUGCAGCUCAACGCCAAGCCAAAUCCUACAUGCAAUUGACCAACGAAACCGUAGCCAUGCUCAAACUCUUCACAGAGGCACUAGCAGAUUCAUUCACCAUGCCCGAAAUCGUACAACGAUUAGCAGAUAUGUUAGACUACAACCUCGACGCAAUGGUGGGACCUAAGAGCUCAAACCUGCACGUUGGAAAUCUGCAAGAAUACGGCUUUAAUCCACGUGGCCUCUUGAGUGAGAUUAUUGAUGUGUAUAUCAACCUGAUGAACAAGGAGAAUUUCAUCUAUGCAGUGGCUSGGGAKGGCCGAUCGUACAAGCCGCAAAAUUUUGAGAAGGCGGCUGAAAUCAUUCGCAAGCGAGCAUUGAAACCGGACGAAGAGUUGGCGAAGUUGGUGGAAUUGGCGAAACGGAUCAAGAACGCCAAGGAGGCAGAUGACCAGGCAGAGGAGGAUUUGGGAGAAGUUCCUGAUGACUUUCUCGACCCCCUUAUGUACACUCUCAUGCAAGACCCGGUCAUUCUACCAAGCUCAAAAGUCACUAUUGAUCGCGCAACAAUCCGUUCUCACUUACUGAGUGAUCCAAACGAUCCUUUCAACAGAGCGCCAUUGAAGAUCGAAGAAGUCAUAGCCAAUACGGACCUAAAGAAACAAAUCGAGGACUUUAAAGCAGAGCGCAAAGCUGCAAAAUUGCAGUCUAUGAAACAGGACGUUAUGGAUACUACGACUGAUUAA